AUGCGAUCUGAUGUAAACCAUGGACGUUUGGGACGACGAAAUGGGAGAAGCUGCCAUGAUGGAAUGGCGAAACAUGUUGAUGCAGUGAUGAAACGAGCUAAGGACCGUCGAAUUGCAUUAACUAAUACUUCAGAACUAAGAACUGUAUUAACUAAUACCGGAAGAGUAGCGCAACGAUUAACUCAGCCUAUUUCACCUCAUAAACGUUUGAAGGAGCGAGCUGGUAUUUGGAUGUUUGCAAAACAGUCGGAAGUCAUUACUGAACCAAAUAUGAUAACGUCUUCUAUGCAACGCAGGGUUCGAGAGGAUGUGCGAGCAGUGAUGGCUGAAGAUUCUCGUGAUAGGCGACGGAUGUGGAAUAAAGCAGGGCAAGGAGCUGAAAAUAGUAUUAAUCGCAACGUUGUCUUUCGAAUGCCAUUAUCAGCUGAUAAUAUUUUUAGCAUCCAUCCUUGUUUUAGUUUUGGAAAAAAAACAAAUCUAAAACUUCCUGUCGACGAAACUGCAGUUUUCAAUACGAAAGGCGAUAGCACAUUAUCUUCUUAUGAUCUUCCAACUACUGCAAAAAUUGGGGACAGAUAUAAAGAGAAGCAUAGUAAAGACUUGUGUUUGUUUCCUGCAGAUCCUUUAUUGCUCGAUUACGCAGAACGGAUCUUGUCAGCUUUGCCGCAAUUAUUCCUUCGAAAUGACGAUUCAACAAGUUAUUCCGUCGCUGCAACAAGCAUUGUAGCUUGUUCUUUGCGGCGUCAUGGUGUAUGUCCAAAGGGUUCAAAUUUUCAGCAAAAAGAAUUGGAAUUGUCACAACGGGAGAACGAUAUGCAUGAAAAAUUUUGGCGCAGUUUUUUCGAGAAUAUGUCUCCACUGAAUUCGUUUUCGGUAGAUUCGGCAUUUCUGACUUCUGACUCGUCGUCUGCAAAAUUAUUUGAAUUUGAGGACAUUCCAGCCAGUAAUGAGCAUGUAUUAUCAAAUUCUGAUGAUGCAAAUACUAUCUCGGAUGUAUGCCAAUCGCCGAAAACUUCAUCAUCUAAUAAUAUAUUAGAUUGUAGCUUUAGCGAUUUUCCAAAAAUUGGAAAAAAUGAUGUUGCAUCCUUGACAAAUUUAUCGGUUAACUCAAAUGAUUUGAUGAAACUUGCAAUAGACGAUGAUUUUGGGACAAACAUCCUGUGCAAUUUACCAGCAGCACAACCUGAAUUUGAUUUGAAUGAAUAUCAUCCGAUUACUGUAAACACUUGGUUUGAGAAAGACUCGCCAAAUAUGUCAAAUGCUAGCAAAGCCAUUUAUCACAAUGCUAAAAACGGCAGGUCAUGGCCGAUUUAUCGACCAAUGGAGUAUAGUUUUACUGAGCCUGUCAUUAGUGAAUCAAUGAAUAUGAAUCAGUGGAUGAAGAAUUCCUCAAUAAGGAAAAAAAUUCAUUCUGGGGUGCCGAAUUUUCGUUUCAAAUUAAAUCAUGAAGCAUGCAAUGCUUUCGAUUCUGUUUGCGGUUCUCAGGCCUCACAAUUUAGUUUUGAUUUCUAA